AUGGUGGAAAUAAACCCGGAGUCAAUGGAAGAAGACAAAUAUGAAACAAAAUUUGGCUGUCCAGGAUGUUACGAUCUCUUCAAAGAUUUACCUUCUUUAAGUUCUCACAUUUCAAUCAAACAUGGUUUGACACCAGAUGAUGAGUCAACUUUCGACGAAGCACUUAUUAAUUAUCAAAGUCAGGUUGAAAUAUCUUUGCCAGUUGAAGCAGUGACCGCAGAACCUACAGCAAAAAUUCCAUUAGAGAAUGCUGUGAAUUUAUUGUAUCCUGAAGAUAAUCUAUCAAACAGUCAGAUACUUCGAAAUGUUAUUUCAGCGUUAAAACUAUCACCGUUUGAUAUGGAUGUUGAUUUUAAAGAUGGAUUCAGACAAAAAAUCACAGCCCUUACUACAGCAGAUGUUGAAGACAUAGAGCAUAGAGAAGUAAAAAAAAUUAAAUUAUCUGCACCGUAUGACAAGCCUUCUUCAUCAGCAAUAUGCAUUCAUGUUAAUAACCCAUCUUCAACCUCAGCAUGCAAUGAAAUCAUCAAAAAUAGCCCAUAUAGGCAACUACUCGCAUUCGAUAAUUAUACAAUGUUGGAUGAAAAACACCUGGAGCUUUUGAAUGCACACUGGAGGAAGCGGCCAUGGAUGUACAUGAUGGUGGGACGUUUGUUAGCUAGUUCGAUUUUAGUAGAUGGCAGCUACGCGCUUCUUCUUACUGGCGUAGAAUCAUAUUGUAGAUAUUCAAGCAUUGAUGCACAUGUUGAAAAAGUUCCGCAUCAAUCAUCACUUCCUGAUCUUAUGUCACAAUACCCAAACAAGUUAAAGAUUACCAAGAUUCUAUUUGAUAAUUCUGAAAAAUUAGUCAUUGGCUCAAACACUUGCAACAUUUUGGCCAUUUCAAGUAUUCGAAUAGACGAUGCCAAAAUUGCCCCUGAGGUCGGUGCAUCAACAAAAAAAUUCAGCCCAUCAACAAAUACUCGCAUUUUUUUAUCAACUACGUCAAUAAAAAAGGCCAUGGAGCUCUUUAAUGCUAGUAGUGAUCGGCUACUCUCCUUGGGUGCAGACCCUCUAACACACAUCAGGCAAUUACGUUCUAAGUUCAAUCAAGAAAGUACAUAUUCCCUUGCCAGAGUAUUUGGGGAAUUUACCCAAAAUUUAACAGUGCAGCCAUUCACAAUCUAUACUCUCAACAACUCAGUUCAUAAAGCUGAAACUGAUGUUAUUUUAGGCAGUAGAAUGUUGGAGCUCAUCGCUCACACAAUUCAUGAGGAUCCUGAUGCCAAGCUUGCGAAGAAAGAUGUUAUCACUGUACUGCAUAAAACAACAUCACAACAAAAGCAGACAAAAGUCCGAAAGGACAUUCAAAAAAUCUUAGAUCUUUUUGAAGAGAACAAGGAAAUUGACAUCAUUGGAAACACCUCUCUUUGUACGUUUCUUAGAUCUGUCGCAGACAUCACCACAGACGGUCUAAAAAAAGCCAACCAAGAAAUCAUAUCAAAUAUUUGGAACAAAUUUCGCGGUAGUAUUUGA